CUCUUUCUCUCUCUCUCUCUCUCUCUCUCUCUCUGUUUCUCUCUCUCUCACACACACACACACACACACCCACACACACUCGCACACACAGGUAGAUACAGAGGGCAACAGUUCACAGACGACAAACAGUGGACGGCUAUUUGUCUGAUUGGUUAUAUAUUGCUUUCAGGACAUUGUUUACUUGUUUGGUUUUCACAAUAACUGAGCUGCAAGAUGUCAGGGCUGAACAGUGACCAACUCCAUCGCUCCACAUUGGGAAUAUACAUGACUCUCAUGGACCAGUUCAACCCCAGCCUGCAGAGGCUAGUGGCACUAGGGAAUAACUAUAUUCAGGCUUUCCAAGCUCUAGCUGCGACCAGCGAAGCCUACUUUAGUGCUCUUGGUAAGAUGGGUGAACAGGCCAUGCAGACUAUGUCAUCCCAUUUACUAGGUGACAUACUAAUAGAGAUUUCUGAGAGUCAGAGAAGACUUACCAGUGAAGUGGCAGGGGUGUUUCGCUGGUUCCAUAACGAAGUCCUCCAGGAAAUGGUAAACAACAGCAGGCAGGAUAAAGACUACAUAUUUGACAGUAAGAGGCGCUAUGAGAUGGAGGUGAGGAACCAGGCAAUGGCCCUGGAAAGACAGCUGAAGAGAGGGGGUUCACAUGAUGCUAAUGAAUAUGUGCAGUUCCUGAGGGAAAGCCAGAGAGAGGCCCUGAAAGAACAAGAGAGAAGAUUUCGCUUUCUGGCUGAGAAACACUGCGGACUCACUCAAUCCUUCUUAUAUCUCAUGACCAAGACAGGGAACACCCUGCAGCAGAGAGCAGAGGGUUGGAGAGAGCAGGUGAAUCAGACAAGGGGGUCCCGUCCAGGCACUGCAUCCAGACAAGAAGACAAGGCUGGUGAUCGAAGUCAAGCCUGGGCAGAACAGCCUCUAGGCAGAGUGCCCUCUAGAGGGCCAUCCCCCCAACCGACUCGAUCCCGCUCCAGCUCAAUUGGUGAAUCCCGUGGAUCAGGUGGCGGUAGGAUGAUGCGAGCGUUGGUGCCACACCCCCCCUCUUCUAAUUCCACCCUCUUGCCAUUCUCCAAAGGAGAAACCAUUAGAGUACUUGUGCCAGAGCCCCGAAAUGGCUGGCUGUACGGUUGUUCUGAGAGUUCAGCACGACAAGGCUGGUUUCCAGCUGCAUAUGUUGGUCCAAUGGAAGACACAUAUAGACUGCCUGACCUCAGCAGCGGCUUAUUUAGAAGCAGUAUGAGCAACCUUCUUGACCAAUCAUCUAGCAACAGAACAAAUGCACCUCCGCCUCCUCCACCACCACCACCUCCAAGCAAAUCGAGCAGCUCGCGCCCAGUCACACCCACUUCUUUUGAAAACAAAAGACAAGAUAACUAUGGCGCUCGACCAGAACUUUUCCCAAGAGGCACAAACCCUUUUGCAACGGUGAAGCUGAAACCCACCAAAACCAACGACAGAUCAGCUCCACGUGUAGGCUAACAUAUUCAACCAGUGAGAGCUGAGAGACAUCAAAACACAGCCCCAUCAGAGUGCAGCACAUCAUAAAUCAGCACUACGCAUGCUGCAGACUGAGCAGCUGUAAUUGACUGCUUCAGAUGUUGCUUGCUCAUAUUCCAGCUGGAGAAUGUCUACUGAGAGGAAAAUGACAUUGAAGGCUUUUGCUAGCUCAAGAUAUGAGCUGUAAAUUCUUGCUGUACUUAGAGAGAAAGAAUGACAGAAUGAAAGCCGAGAUGGGGCUUGGAGGCAAUUGGGUAACCUGGUUUUAAUUUUUUUAUCCAUUUUUUUCUGUAAAAAAUAAUUUAAUUGAUUUGAUUAUUGCCUGGAAUGUAUAUAUGGUAGCAAACAAUAAAACAUUUUUAUAAUACAUCACUGGUUUUCCAUAGGGACACUUUAGCCUGAGUCUAUUUCCAGAGACCCAUCCAUGGCAGAGCAAAGGGAUAUUUCACUUACCACUUCGUACCCUUUUGGUUCAUAUACAAUGUGUUUAGUAAUGAUGGUGAGGGUUACAGUAUCUAUGGCAGCAAUUCAUUCACAGGGACUUGUAUAUUGGAUGAUCUACAUAAGAUCAAGAUCAAUAAUAAAUAGAUAAAAAAAAACCAUGCUGUUAUUUAACAAAGAAAAUCCUGAAAUUGUUGAAAUGGUAAAGGUUUCUGUAAGGAGACUUAUGGAAGGAGUCUCCAGUGUCAGUGCUUAGUAGCAGUGAGUAUGUUUGCCACUAUGGGAGAGUCUUCAGGGCAGAGCAAUUUGUGUUUUCCUGUAACAUGAAAACCUGCGUUGUAACCAUUGUUCUAUUCUACAAAUGUAAAAGACCGAAAGACGUGUGAUUGAUCAUGAAGUGUGAUUCAUUAAUAAAUUAAAAUUUGUAAUUGUUGGCAAACUGUUGUUCAAAAAAAAAAAGGGAAUAAAACACCUUAGGCCGUGUUAUGAGAAAAUAAUCCAGUCAUUUUUAAUUCCUUUCUUGCUAGCUGUUAUUUUAUGAAUUAUGAAUAUGAGUCAUUUUAUGAAUUGCUGUGGUUUAUCUGUGUUAUGAGUCCUUGACUUCCUUAAUAAAAUAGUCAUUUUAUUAUCA